GGCCCCAGCCACGUUUCAGCCACUUGAGGCGCACGCACUGCGCAUCCCUCCGCCAUCACCACAACCUCCUCCGCCAGAUUCCACCCGCUCUCCAGCUCCAAUCUUCUAUUCCCAAUCACUUCUACGCAGCUAACCAGAGCAGACAAUGUCAUACUUCCCCUCCCUUGAAGAGAUUGACGGCGGCGUCACCGAGGCCCGCUCAAUUGACGAUGCCGGCGCGAACGGCAGCAGCGGCGACGUCCUCGACUUUGGCGUGCCCGACAGCGAGGCCGAUUUCGUUGCCCGCGAGAAAGCGGUGCUCGGGGACUCGGACGCUGCUGCGCUCACGACCGACGGCGGUGAUCUUUUGAAUGGCGAUGCGCCCGAGGAGUUGAUCGGCGGCGAGAGCGCUGCGUUCAGUGCCCAGUCUUUCGAGACCCCAGUAGCGACAGACUACGAGGCACCCGCCCCAGUUGAAGAAGAAGAGCCCGAUGUGAUCAAGGAAUGGAGAGAACGUCGAGAACUUGCGAUCCAGCGACGAGACGAGCAAAGCGAAGCCAAAAAGAAAGAAACCCGUGAAGCCGCAAAGCAGGCGAUCGACGACUUUUACGAAAACUACAAUGACAAGAAAGAGAAAGCCAUCGCGCAGACAAGAGAGGAAGAAGCAGAGUUUAUAAAGUCACAGGAAAGCACAGUCUCCGGCGGCACGACCUGGGAACGCAUCGCCAAGCUCGUCGAUCUCUCGGAGAAGAACGCGCGGACGGCCAAGUACGACAAGACCCGGUUCAGAGAACUGCUGCUCUCGCUCAAGAACGAUCCCAAUGCUCCCGGCGCGAAGGGUUAUUAGAUGUAUUUGUGAUGGAACGGGGAGGAACGGAUGAACAAUAUCUUUGUACAAAUAGAUCGUGAUACACAAUCAGAUUCAUUCAUUGUCUAAGCUAUUUAUGUAUAUCUCUUGAACCAAAUUGAAAGAGGA